AAAAUUUCUUUUAAUUAUAGUUAAUCAACAGCCUUCUGCUUCUUCUGGGCAGUUACCACCUUCUCUGCCUCCCAUAACAAUCCCCCAACCCAGCAAUUCCUUCUCUGCAAGACAAGUAAAACCACAGAUCAAAACCAACGUUGCGGUGGCUUUCUCGGAGUGUAGUAGCGCACAAAAUUCCCCAACAUCUGCCUGUUCAUCAACUGGUUAUUGUCCAUCUUUCCGGCAUCCGGGUGUCAAAUCGGCGGCGCGAAUCGCCGGAACAUCGCAGAGCCCAAUGCGCUCUUUAUCAAGUGCCUCUGGUGGUCUUUAUUUGAGUGCUCCUGGUAAAAUAAUUCUUUUCGGUGAACAUGCAGUUGUAUAUGGACGGACUGCAAUCGCGGGCUCUAUAGAUUUGCGCACUUAUUUGUCUCUUUUUACCUCAGCUGAUGGACGCAUUUAUUUGUGUUUACCUGACAUGAAUAUUGAAAAGACGUGGCUAUUGAAAGAUUUGCAGAGAGAAAUCUCCAAACUUCCUAAUGAUCUUUUUCUGCUAGCAGAAGAGCCUCCCUCCCUAGAAUUAGUUGUCCCUAUCGCAAAAAAAUUAUCUGGCGCUUCAGAAGAACAAAGUGGUGUACAAAAUUUAGCAAUUCUUGCCUUUUGGUAUUUACUCAUCGGUGUGGUAAUCCGACGACGGUUUGUUUAUUUUUUAUUUGCCUCUGGGUUUUGUCCUUUUUACGUCAGUGGUUUGACUUUUUUCUAUUCUCCAUCCUUUCUUAGGGCCUUGGAUAUUCAACAACAACAAGAAGAGAAUGAGCAACAACAGAAUUUAGACGAUGCUUCCUGUUCAUUACCACAAACCGAUGGAUCUAAAACUUGCCAGUUACAUGACCCAAAGACCAAGUCCGUAAAGCAACCUUUGUCUGUUUGGUAUGUCAUGCGGUGGUUGUGUUUUUUUGUUUUUUUCUUUCUAUUAUUUUGUAUUUUUAACUUUUUGUCAACUAAUUAUUGUCAUUUAUGUUGGGAUCUCCUAGCAGUCAAAGUCACUGUUCGUUUUAAACUCCCCUCCUGUGUAGGACUUGGAUCAUCAGGAGCGUAUUGCGUUUGCAUUGCUACGGCAUUGCUUCAAACUGCUGGUUUAAUACCCCCUUCAUGUAUCCGGAAAUGGUCUUCAGCAGCAGAAUCUUUAAUUCAUGGUAGAGCGUCAGGACUUGAUGCGGCUAUUUGCACUUAUGGUGGAAUUGCAAGUUAUAUGCCUGGAAAGCGACUAGAAAACUUACAAAAUAUUCCCGACUUGAAAGUAAUUCUAGUCAACUCAAGGGUUGAGAGGAAUACUUCACGAAUGGUGCAAACAGUUAAAGAUAAUUAUAAAAAGUAUCCAGCAGUUGUUGAACCUAUUUUUGAUACAAUUGAUGCAUUAGCCUACGAAGCGGCAAAAAUACUACAAAGGCAAUUCUUUUUACUAAAUACAACAGAUAGAGGAGGAGGAGGGGGAGAGAAUGGUUCUUCAUUAGAGAAUGGUGGACGUUCAGCAGCGCUAAGUCCUCAAAUUACUUUGACUGACGGGCCCGAUUUUGCAUGCAAUAGUGUUGGAAGCCACCAUCAAAAAAAUCUUCAGCCCUCUUCUUCUUGUGCCGCAGGUUCAGGUGGUGGUCGCUCUCCCUCAUUAGGCGGAGGUUCUUAUGCAGCUGGAGGCAAGCGCGGUUCAAAUGCCUCAGCAAUUAGUGGCGUUUCUGCUGGGACAACACGAAUAGAAAGAAGCGAAUUAACAGACACUUUUGACCGACUCAAUGAGCUUUGCCGAAUAAACAAUCAACUACUAAUUGCACUCGGGGUUGGACAUGCUAAAGUUGAUCAAAUUAGCACACUUCUUGGAAGAUACGGCAUCUACCCUAAAAUGACUGGCGCAGGUGGGGGUGGAUGUCUAUAUGCGUUUUUAAAACCAGAAACGUCUCAAACUCUGCUUAAUAUGAUUAAAGACGAACUUCGCAAAGAUGGCUAUGAAAUGUGGCAGCCAGCGCUUGGUGGCCCAGGCGUUUUGCAACACCAAAAUAAACCAGAAUUGUUUGCUUCUGCCUCCAACAGUUCAAGCGCCUCAAGCACUGGAAGGGGAAGUAGUUCUUCAGCAGCAGUACCUGUCUAUGGUGGAAUUUCUUCACGUUCGAACACGCCUGCCAGUUCUCACCAGUCGACUCCGGCUGUUCGACACAAAAAAUAA